GCCCUCCAACGUCCUGAAUAUAAAGGGCAUGCCCAUGAGCAACGACCCCUCAUUCUCCUCUCCCCACUUUUGGCGACGUAACCUAUCCCACUUGUUUUCAACGUCCAUCAUCAUGUUCCAGUUCACUGCUACUGCUUCUCGCACUGUCGCGCGCUCUGCGCGCACCUUGCACACGACUCCCGUCGCCCGCAAGACCGUGACGGAGACGGUCAAGGAGACGGCUGACACAUUGAACAAGAAGGUCGGCCAGACCCUCGCGAAGGGCAUUGAGAAGGGCGAGAAGGCCUCGCAAACAACCAAGGAAACCAUCAACUCCACCGCAGCCUCCACUAAGCAGAAGGCAGAGGAGACCAGUGAGCAGGCAAGCCACAAGGCAAAUCAGGCCGCUGCUGGCGCCCGCGAAGCAAAGGAGGACUUCAAGAAGAACGUCAAGGAGUAAACGGCAGGCGCUAUGAAGGAGCAUCUGCAUCAUCAUCCAAUGUAUUUAUAGGCCUUUUGCAACACGGACUUGCUCCUCGUGCA